UAAGUAAAAUCGGAAACGGUCAGAUGGUUUACAAGCGAGUAGUAAUACUUCAGUUCUUGAAACGUAAGUGUGGCGAACAUACUUAAGUACUUCAAUUGAAAAAAAUGACUACCCAUAGUGCUAUUAAAAUAACAACUGAUUCGUUCGGUGAAGCCAUAAACCAUAAAACUAACAAAAUCGAGCCGGUUUGUCGUUACACAUUGCAAAGUGCUGAUAUUACCCUGCAAGUCAUCAGUUAUGGAGCCACUAUUACCAGUAUAAAAACCAAAGACAAAAAUGGCAAAUUGGACGACAUAGUGUUAGGAUUCGACGACAUAAGAGGAUAUAAAAGCGAUUUAAACCCAUAUUUUGGAGCGACUGUUGGGAGAUACGCAAACCGAAUUGGUGGAGGUCAAUUCAAACUGGAUGGUAAAACAUACAACUUGAUUAAAAAUAUGGGAAAUAAUCAAUUGCACGGAGGUUUGAUCGGAUUUGAUAAGGUUAAUUGGAAAGGUUACAUUAAAGACAAUAAAAUAAUUUUCACAUACUUAAGCUCUGAUGGAGAAGAAGGAUUUCCAGCAGAUUUACUUUCAACAAUUACGUACGAAUUGAAAGCAAAUACAUUGAGUAUUCUAUUCGAAGCUGUCAGCAAUGGUUCGACCGUCAUCAAUUUGACCAAUCAUUCUUAUUUCAACUUAGCUGGACAUGGUGCUGGUUCAGAGGGUGUUUACGACCACGUAGUAGCCAUAAACGCAGAUAAAAUUACAAUCUUGAAUAAAGAAAUGAUAGCGACGGGACAGUUGAAAUGUGUUGGUGGAACAAAUUAUGAUUUAAGGACGCCGCAAAAUCUCGGAAAAGCGAUCCACAGCAUACCGGAGACAGGGUUUGAUUUCAAUUAUUGCUUGAAUAAGUUCCAGGCUGAGAAAAAAACACCGACAUUUGCUGCCAGGGUUAUAGAGCCCAAAUCGGGUAGGUACCUGGAACUUUUUACCGAUCAACCGGGAGUUCAAUUCUACACAGGAAAUUCCAUCAAAGACGGUAUUGGCAAAAAUGGCGCAAAAUUUGGAAAGCAGUCCGCAUUCUGUUUGGAAACACAAAACUAUCCAAAUAGUGUGAAUAUCGAGUCAUUCCCAAGUUCGAUUCUCAGACCGGGCGAAAAAUAUGAACAUAGAGCAAUUUAUGUUUUCGGCGUAGAACAAACUUCAUUCUAAUGAACUAUAAUGAACUCAUGAAACGCAUUAAGCAAUCAUCAACAUAAUCAUACGCGUAUAUUUAAUGAAUAUUCAGAAAAGUAAAAUUAACGUUUUAAAUUUAAAAAAAAAAAAAAACAAUAGUUUAGAUUAAAAAUCGUAGAAACGAAUAAUAAAUAAUUUAAAAUUACGUCAA